GUUUUGCUGAAGACGCAGACGAUGAUUAACAUGAGCUCCUGGUCUCCAAACGAGAACCCACUCACCACCACCCUGCGCCGCCGCGGUCACUGUCCGUAUCACCAGAGAACAGACCCUACGUGGAGAAAGUGUUGGAAGAGAAAGACCAUCUUUAUUCAUCAUCACACCUGAGUGUGGGGGAUUUGUGCAUAAAGACUGCCGAAAAUGAUGGCAGAAUCUCUGCCGUUCUGUGGCACCGCCGGCCCCUUGUCAGGGCUGGAGCUGGAGGCCUGGUAUGAGGACCUACAAGACAUCUUGUCCUCGGAAACAAAAAAUACUGCAGCAGUCCAGUUGGUAUCCGAUGAGCAGGUGGAAACUCUGGAUGGCUCUCCUUACCUCUGGACACUGGAGUCAAUAGAUUCAACUUUACCAGUGAACUUUACCGAUGAAGAAGUGGUCGCUUUGGAAACUGUUGUAAGUCAGUUGCCUUCUGAAGUUUUGGAAUUUUUAGCCCAGGAAUCGCAUAAUGACUUUGAAAAUCCAUCUACUUCAGAGUCUUUAAAUGACCAACAGGAUGGGGCUGUUGAUGUGGACUCUAGCUGUAGUAGCUGUCCAUCACAAACCCAUACAGAAGAUGAGGACUCUAGUGGCAGUCAGUGUGGAACAAAGAGGAAGAGGCACACUCAACCUAGAGGCGGAAAGAUCAGGAAAGAAAAGGAACAAGAGAAUGACAAGAAAGUUGCUCACUUAGCAUCGGAGAAUGAGCGUCUGAAGAGGGAGAUCGAACGUCUUACUUUGGAGGUAGAGAAGACCAGGAAGUCUCUCAUAGAAAGAAUGGUUAAUCUUAAGAAAUGAACUGUUAACCCUGAAUGUGAUAAAACUGUUUAAAGAAGCUCAUGGGAAAACGGUCAUGUCUGGAUCACAGUAUGGGCACUGGGGUGUGAGAUGAUGACUAUGUACAGGACUCUGUAUAUAACUUGUGUAUAAUUUAUGGUAUUUAGAAAUUAAGGCCUCUUGCACAGAAACCUAUUAUGGCUGCAUACAUCAUCCAAGUUGUAUGGAGUUGUAAUACAGCACCUAUAGACCGCUGUGUGGAUUACUUAACAUUCAACACAAUAUAAAUUGUUGCAUGCUUCACAAUUUAUAUUCUCCCUGAGAACUGGUUCUGUGGGAGCAUACCCCAUGAUACUGCACUGUAUGGUGCAAUGUGCAUGAGCCCUAACCAUCGCAAAAAUGUCUAUGUAUCCAUGUUCCUUUUUAAAGGGCCUCUUGUCAGCAGAUUUGUACCUAUGAACCUGGAUUGCAUGUGCA